AUGUCAUCACGCCCAAAUCCAAUCCCCUCAUCACCUCGAGCUACUUUUUCAAAUGGUUGGGUGCUGCAGAUCGACUGCGCCGAGGAGGACGGCAUCGUGGUGUUCCAGGGCGGCAGCAGGGUGAAGGCAGACGCCAUCGUGCACUACACUGGGUACAAGUACAGCUUCUCGUUCUUCGGCGACGACUCUGCUAUCACGGUGGACGACAACCGCGUCGGCCCGCUGUACAAGCACGUGUUCCCGCCGCGGCUGGCCCCUAGCAUCUCCUUCGUCGGACUGCCAUUCAAGGGAUUCCUUUUCCCGGUGUUCCAGCUCCAGAGCAGCUGGGUGGCCGGGGUUCUGUCGGGGAGGAUCGAGCUCCCGUCGUCAGAGCAGAUGACGCAGGACGUGGCGUCCUUCUACUCAGACAUGGAGGCCCGCGGACACUCAAAGAGGUUCACCCACGACCUGGGCGUAGGCACAUUCGAGUACGAGGAUUGGCUGGUUGAGCGGUGCGGGCUGGAGAGGAUCGAGGAGUGGAGGAAGGAGAUCUAUGUCGCGGCGAGAGGCAGGGUGAGGGACCAGCCGGACAGCUACCGGGACAAGUGGGAUGACGACGCCCAACUGUUGGAGCAAGCGCAACAACGUCGCACCCACGGAACUUUAAACCUCGGCGAUGAACUAAGCAUCGGCUUGAUCUCUUCACUCAUGGCCCUACGGCGGAAAGCAUUUCCAGUGGUUGAUUCAACAUUUGUACCCGUCUUAACUAUCGAGCUCCACAUGCACCCUCACGGCGUUGACCUCCUCGCGCACCACUUGGAGAGCCCGCUUGCAAGCUAG